GUUUCUUAAAGUUAUUAUUCCAAUACUUUCCAAAUUCAUGUUAAGUUUGAUCUUUUUACUUAAAUUUUGAGAUUGGUACUGACAAAUUUGGAUUCCUUAAUUAUAAUGUUACGAAUGUGCCAAAGAUAGAAGAAAGUUCAUUUAAUUAUGAUCAAGGGUUAUUACCAAUAAUGAGCCAUUCUCUCUUUUCAAUUUGCAAAAAAAAAAAAAAAAAAAAAAGAAAAAAAAAGGGAAGCCCUUUGUGAAGAGCAACACUGGACGAUAAUAUAAGAAAAAGUUCGAAGCAGUUGGCAAGGUAAGCCCGAAUCAGAACGUGAACGGCCCAUGCUGGUGCACAACCUGACAGCAGCACACAAUACAAAAAUGUAAUGUGAUGCCGAGAAAUCCAAAAAAAGAAAGAAAAAAAAAAAAAGCAAAAAGAACUCGAGAAGAGGGAGAAUCAAUGAGCUUGAACUUUGCGCGUUAUUGCUUCUUCCAAUUUGGGAUAUCAACUAGAGCUGCGACUGUCAGUACCAAGACCAACUCUGCCCAUCUUCUUUUAACCCUGAACAAACCCAAAUUUGCUGCUACUUGCACCACUACUGCGCACAAGUCAAAUGAGGAGUUAUUAGUAGUGGUUGGAGGUGGAGCUGCAGGAAUAUAUGGAGCAAUUAGAGCCAAGACCUUAGCACCUAAUCUUGACGUAUUGGUUAUAGAGAAAGGAAAGCCUCUGUCUAAGGUGAAAAUCUCUGGGGGAGGAAGAUGCAACGUUACAAAUGGACAUUGUUCUGAUCAUAUGAUUUUGGCAGACCAUUAUCCUAGGGGUCAUCGAGAACUGAAAGGAUCUUUCUUCAAUAUGCAUGGCCCUGUGGAUACUAUGUCCUGGUUUUCUGAUCACGGGGUGGCACUAAAGAUUGAGGAUGAUGGAAGAGUUUUUCCUGUCAGCAAUAGUUCAUCUUCUAUUAUUGACUGUCUUCUAAAGGAGGCAAAGCGAAAGGGAGUUUCUCUGCAAACUGGAAAAGUUGUAACAAAGGCAUCUACUGAUGCAAGCGGAAAGUUUCAUCUGAAGGUUGAGAAACGUACGGCUGAAUUUGUUGAAUCUGUUGAAGCUGAUUAUCUAUUGAUUGCUAGCGGGAGUAGCAGACAGGGUUAUAGUCUUGCUACUCAGCUUGGUCAUUCCAUUGUAGAUCCAGUACCAAGCUUAUUCACUUUCAAGAUUGAAGAUUCUCAGCUUGCAGAGUUGUCAGGGGUUACAUUUCCUAAGGUUGAAGUGAAGCUGAAAGUAGAAAAUAUCCCAAGGAAUACACCACACCUUUCACAGGUUGGGCCCAUGCUAGUUACACACUGGGGACUCAGUGGGCCAGUAAUUCUUCGACUCUCUGCUUGGGGGGCUCGUGAUCUGUUCACUUCAUGUUACAAAGAUAAUGAUGCAGGCAUGCUUACUGUGGAUUUUAUACCUGAUUUGCAUAUAGAAGACAUAAAGUCAAUCCUCAGUCAACACAAGAAUAAAUUUGCGAAACAAAAGGCCUUCAAUUCAUGGCCUUCAGAAUUUGGAAUUACAAAGAGAUUUUGGAAGUAUAUAUUGGAUCGUGAGAGUCUAAUUGGAGAUACCUUGUGGGCUUCCGUAUCAAAUAACUCUAUCAUUUCUGUUGCCCAUGUAUUGAAACAUUGUGCAUUUGGAGUAACAGGAAAGGGUCAAUUUAAGGAUGAAUUCGUCACUGCAGGAGAUCUCUUUGAGCACAAUGGAAAGCAAAAUCUGUCCACGGCUUUUCUUUGCUGGAGAGGUUCUAAAUAUUGAUGGGGUGACUGGCGGUUUCAAUUUCCAGAGUGCAUGGUCUGGCGGAUACAUUGCCGGGACAAGUAUUGGUGAACUAGCAGUUGAAGAUGCAGAAAAAGUAGGAUUUUUAUAAGUUGAAAUUUAGUUUAUUAUCUUUUUCAAUUUUAACCUCCUUGUGGUAGUUUUAAAAUCAACCCGGAUGGUGCGGUUGAUCAGUUUAAUCGAUUGCCAUUCGAGUCCGAUUAGGUCCUGGGAAACACAAAUUUGGAGAAAUUAGACUUUGAUUGGUUUCCUUGAGGUUUAGGGCUUUUCUGUCAGAAAUUAAGCAAAUAUUUCAUUUGCAGAUUUUAUUUUAUUUUUUUAAUUUUCAAAAUUGCACUUAAAAUGUCUUACUAUUUCCCUUCAAUUAUCACAUAAUAUACUGAUCGGUUCGUGUA